UAAACAUAUAAUUUUCUUUAUCCUUCCUCAAAAAGAAAGUUAUGGCAGAUAAAAAGCCAGUAGGACGUCAAAAGAUCCCUAUAGCCAAAAUAGAAAAAGAAAAUGCCCGAUACGCAACAUUUUCAAAGCGUCGGAAAGGUUUGUACAAAAAAGCUAGCGAAUUGAUUGGGCAAUAUGACGAUCUUGAUAUAGGAAUAAUAAUGUUUUCACCCACCGGUAAGCCUUACUCUUUUUCUCACCCUACGGUUGAUGCUGUUAUUGAUCGCUUUUUAUAUCCAAAUAUGUUGUCAAGUGAAAGUAAUCGCCUUGCUGCUGAAAACUCUCGCAACAAAGUGAAGGAACUACAAGUUAAACUUGACGACUAUGAUAUCACAGAAAAUGAUGAGACUGACGAGACAAAUAGGUGGGACUCCAUCGAAGAAUUUGAUGCAGAGGAAAUCAAAAAAGAUAAGAUUUGGUUUAAGUCCAUUGAUGAGAUGUUGAAAAAUCGUUUGAUACAGUUAGAAAACGGUGCUUCUCCCUCUGCACAAGCCGCUCCAAAAGAUGCUAACUAAGCAUACACUGAUUUCUCAUAUAUUGAAGCCUUGUGUAAUGAAAUAAUUAAGUUUAAAUUCAUAUAUCUUGAAGUUUA